UGAGAGACACCUCCCUUGACUUAUUUAAUUCACUCCUCCUCUUCGCUCUCACAUGUACCACAAGCAGGAACUCACUCAGCCCCAGCAUGAUUUUCUAAUCCUCAUGACUCGCUGUGCAAACUUGCAGCCCUUCCAGCUGGAGAAGCAAAUACAUUAAGACAGAGCUCUUCCUGGCUCCUGCUCUCUCUUGUCUGAAAGGCUUCCGCCAUGUUCCACAGGAAGCACAUCAAGCUUCUUCUCAUUGGGAAUGCAGGAUCAGGAAAGUCGGCACUGAUGAACCAGUAUGUCAACUGUCGGUUUACCAACUACUACAGAGCGACUAUCGGCGCAGAUUUCUUCACGAAGGAGUUACGGGUUAAUGAUAAGUUUGUGACAGUGCAGAUAUGGGACACAGCGGGCACGGAGCGCUUCCAGUCAUUGGGUGCUGCUCUCUAUAGAGGCACAGACUGUUGCCUGUUGGUGUUUGACGUGACCUCCCCUAAAUCCUUCCAUGCUCUGGAUAACUGGCACAGAGAGUUCCUGGUACAAGCGGAUCCCAUAUCUCCUGGAAGCUUCCUGUUCGUGGUGAUCGGUAACAAAACAGACCUACAGGAGCGGCAGGUUUCACCACGGGAGGCAGAGGAAUGGUGUAAAAUGUUCAGUGCAAGAUACUUUGAAACCAGCGCUAAGGAAGCAAGCAACGUAGAGGAGGCAUUCCUGGAAGCCAUCAAAUUAGCCUUAAACUAUCACCAGGAGCCUGACCAGAACUGGGAGACCAAGGUAGUGAACUUGUCUCCUCCGAGCAAUAGCAAGAAAUGUGACUGUUAGAGCGAGUGGCAGGAGAACUGUAUCCAUUGUGCCUCAGGAGACCUUGUACAGGUGAAAGCAACUAUAGCCAGAUCAGCCUCACCGUCACUCUCAAGAUCACAACGAGUUACUGCAAGGAUGGAGAACUGCGGGCAGAUCCUGUUUACUCAUCAGCCUGUACAGAACUUGUCAAACUGGUCAGGGCUACAGGAAGCCUAUCCUUAUCACUGAGAUGUGGCACAGGAACCAGUGGGUAACUUUACAUUUCUCAGCUGGAACAAAAUAGAAGGACUUUAUUCUCACUCUUUGGGUCACCACCAGGAAGAAGACCCUGCGGCUUCAGGGUACCCCAUGAGGCCCUAAUUAAUGAGUAAUUUGAAUAUAUAUUGGUAAAACAGGACAACCUCUGGAGAGUUUGGGGGGCUUAAAAUUAUUUUGCUGUAGGGCCCAGUAACAUCUAGUUAUGCCACUGGUCACCACAAAGCCAUCACCAGGACCAACCAGGUCUGCCUGUAACCCCACCAACUUCCCACUAAGGCCUGCCUGUUAUACAUGGACAAAUGACAGAUUGGACUUUGCUGGCAGUCAUAUAGGGGGCAGGACUGGACUGGAAAUCUGGAAACAGAAGGGUGGCUUAUACUGGGUCUGUGUGGGGCCCUGAACAUUUUUUGGAGGUUCAGUAUCAGCUCACAUCCUGGUACUAGCUGUAGGGGGAGGAUGGUAUUUUUAUAUUCCACAAGAUUUUACAAAUAUAUAUUUAAUUGGCAAAUUCUAAGAGCAUAUUACUAAAAACCAAAAAAACACCAUUGAUUUUUUCUCGGUUCUAUAACAUAUUAAAUGAGAAGUUUUACUUUUACUUUUAGGGUGGUGGCACACGUGAAGAUUCAGGGGAGAUUAAGCACCUCACGAGGAAACUUCGGAAAACCGAAGCGAUCCGUCUGCCAUCCCGCUGACAAUUCACACUUGCAGGAAGGCAUUUCAGGAGAUUAGUCGUCUGAAGAAGAGAUUUGUUACUGGGCGACUAAUCUCCCCGAAUCUGCAUGUGUGCCACCACCCUUAAGUAUAUUUUGAUAAUGGUUACCUAUUGUUCUGUUUUUAUUUGCUUUUUUUCUUUUCUGACCUGAAUAUCCAGCUAUGUUAUUCUUAAAGGGGUUGUUCUUUGCAA